GGGGGAAAUAUGAACUCUCAGAGAGGUUAUCACUACAGUUUGGCUUAGUGCAGGCAAGAGCGAGUAUUCUGCACAAUUAACGACGAUUUUACGAUAAUACUUUAUAAAAAGAAGUCUUAUUUUAUAUAUGGAAUAGAACCACAUAAUCAAGAGACAUCGAUGCGAUCUCUAAAAGCAGAGGGGAGGAAAUACCUAGGAUCUCUUUUUCGCCGUUGCUCCGGUACAUGGUGUGAUGUCUGCCUGUCAUAGGACCUUCAUACUGCUAGUAUUUGUCGUUGGUUUAGUUACGUUCUCUUUGUGGAUGGUCUGCGGACUUGGAUAUUGCAAUUCAAUUCACGGUAUCAAGAAGGUUAUUGGAUUCACUCACGAUGUCUCCGAACCAACUAUAAAACCAAUGCUCAAUGAAACAGGAUUUGUUUGCUUACCACGACCACGCCCGGUAUUCAAUGGAACAGACGCCACUAAACCGGGUCUAUUUCCCAGCUUAAAAUGGGAAAAUGUGAAGGACUUAACAAGUGCCAUAUACAGCGACUAUAAAAUCAUUAACGAAAAAGAAGUAUAUUAUCUAUGUGACCGGCUUGAGUUGAUUAUCCAAGCCCGCGAUGGUUAUGGGCGACCGAAACAAUACGGCGGGGAUUAUUACCGUGCUAAGAUAAUUACCCAGAAUACAACAUUUUCUGCAAGUUCAGCAACCGACGGGGAGGUGAUCGAUCUAGGUAAUGGAACUUACAUGGCCUUAUUCACACUGAAGUGGACUGGGAAGAUUGAAGCUCGUGUGACGUUAGUUCAUCCCAGUGAAGCGGUAUACGUGAUUCGACGUUUCCGCGACGCAGCUCCAGCGCGGUACAUUUACCGCGGUAAAUUUGUGUCCGCAGACGGUACGCAGACGGAAGAGACUUUCUGCAACCUGGCACUGCAUGGGAAUCCGACUGACCUCUGCGACUUCACCGAUAAGAUGACGGGGUCUCCUUGGUUUUGUUAUAAACCAAAGUCAGCAAACCUAAACUGCAGUGAUUGGCGGGAACAUCGGUGUGACACCGGCGCUGCAUACCGUUUGGAUGCGUCGUCGUUGUCAUCCAAAGACACGCUAACCUUGAUUCCAAAAAGAGAUAUCCCUACAAAACUGCAAGUCGAAGUCGGAAACACGAUAACAAAUUCAUCCGAAAUAUCAGCAUUAGAAAACACGACGAGGAAAUUACGAGAUCUCCCAGUCUGUACAAUUACAAACCACAGGCUCCAUACUAACGACCUUGUCUCUGGAUACUAUUCUAAAAACAUUUGGUACAAUCCAUCAUGCAGAUUCCAUACUUACGCUCUCGAGGAAAUGAGAUCGUGCGUUUCAAGGAAGAAGCUUUAUUUCUUAGGAGAUUCAACUAUCCGUCAACUUUUCGAGUUUUAUUUGAAUCGACUUGGACCAGGACUACAGAAGACGCCACCUGGUCCAGAACCACGAUGGCAUGUAGGUCCAACAAGGGCGUUAGACCAAAUCUUCAAUAUCAGCAUGAUGUUUCGGUUCCACGCGUUCCCUAUAGGAAGGAACGCCUGGGCAACGGUAGGGGACAUCCAUUACAUAGCGAACGAGCUUGACAGCAUUGUUGCCGAUGAAAAUACGGUGGUUGUUAUCUCGUUGUGGGCACACUUUACGCAACAACCAGAGUGGUUUUUCGUGCAACGAAUGCGAACAAUCAUGGCGGCAGUUGCGCGUCUUCAACAGCGCAGUACGUCCACGCUCGUUGUCUUCAAGGGAGCCAACACGCGCGAACAUACGCACGUAAACCAUCGUCUGUAUCACUCUGAUUGGCUGGCGAGGCGUAUGGAAUACAUCAUACGAAGCGAAAUUAGUGGAAAUGUAGCUUUCAUGGACUCUUGGAGUAUGUCAUAUUCGCAAUUAAUUGCUGACAAUGUGCAUCCUGGUGGUUCUCAUGUUGAAAACCUCAGUAAUCAGUUAUUAACCUUCAUGUGCGGAGCGUGAUCACUUCAUCGGGACCUACAGUUUAUGUCCAGUAUAAGAGCCAGUAAUAGAUCUCUUGUAUAUGACGUCACUAUAUCAUAGCGCCCUCCCUCAGAGGAUAUAGGAAUACGUUUAACGGUGUUGUCACAGAUACGCCAGCUGCAGAUCAUCAAAGGAUGCGAGGGAAUAAGAUUGUGGCGUGAUUACGUUAGUGCAUAUAAAGGUAAAAAAAAAGACAAAAGAAACACGACGGCGUGAAAGGUCAGCAAUAUUAUUAUUAUUAACAAUUAUCAUUAUGAUUUGUAUGCUUAAAUGCACAUAAUGAUAAAUUGUUAUUCAGCGUAUAAAGUUCAGCAGCCCGACGAUCAACCGUUAAGAUUUGUGUUACGGGAACCAGGGCCCCGUAGCAUAAACUUUUGCGAUUGAUCGUGGGGCUGAUUUUUACGACUAAUCAUAACCAAUAAUCAAUGCAAUCAAUCAUAGGAAUCAGCCCAUGAUCAAUCACUAAGCUUUAUGUUACAGGUCCCUGAUGUAAGUUUCUCCAUUAAGACAAGGUCAUGUAUCUUCAACCCUGGACCCCGUAACAUAAAGCUUAGUGAUUGAUCAUAAGGCUGAUAUCUAAGAUUUGAUCAUACACAAUAAUCAAUGCAAUCAAUCAUAGGAAUUAGCUCCAUGAUCAAUCGCUAAGCUUUAUGUUAGAGGCCCCUGAUGUAUUAGUCUCUCCAUUAAGACAGGGUCAUAUAUCUUCAACCCUGGUGGGUGUUUCAUAAAGCUGUUCGUAAGUUAAGAACGACUGGUGAUCCCUUCUUGCGGUAAGUGGUAUAUUGAAUCGGCGAUGGUUUAGCGCGUAAGAAAUGAUCACCAUUCGUUCUUAAAGUCGCUCUUAACUUACGAACAUCUUUAUGAAACGGCCCCCUGGACCCCGUAACAUAAAGCUUUGUUACUGAUCAUAAGGCUGAUAUCUAUGAUUUGAUCAUACACAAUAAUCAAUGCAAUCAAUCAUAGAAAUCAGCCCAUGAUCAAUCGCUAAGCUUUAUGUUACGGUGCCCUGAUGUAAGUUUCUCCAUUAAGACAGGGUCAUGAAUCUUCAACCCUGGACCCCGUAACAUAAAGCUUUGUUACUGAUCAUAAGGCUGAUAUAUAUGAUUUGAUCAUACACAAUAAUCAAUGCAAUCAAUCAUAGGAAUCAGCCCAUGAUCAAUCGCUAAGCUUUAUGUUACGGUGCCCUGAUGUAAGUUUCUCCAUUAAGACAGGGUCAUGAAUCUUCAACCCUGGACCCCGUAACAUAAAGCAUUGUAAUUGAUCAUAAGGCCGAUAUCUAUGACUGAUCAUACACAAUAAUAAAUGCAAUCAAUCAUAGAAAUCAGCGCCAGAUCAAUCUCUAAGCUUUAUGUUACAUGCCCCUGAUGUAAGUUUCUCCAUUAAGACAGGGUCGUGUAUCUUCAACCCUGGACCCCGUAACAUAAAGCUUUGUUACUGAUCAUAAGGCUGAUAUCUAUGAUUUGAUCAUACACAAUAAUCAAUGUAACCAAUCCUAGAAAUCAGGCCCCAUGAUCAAUCGCUAAGCUUAAUGUUACGGUGCCCUGAUGUAAGUUCCUCCAUUAAGACAGGGUCAUGAAUCUUCAACCCUGGACCCCGUAACAUGAAGCUUUGCAAUUGAUCAUAUGGCUGAUAUCUAUGAUUGGUCAUACGCAAUAAAUGCAAUCAAUCGUAGUGAUCAAAUUGAAAUCAAUUGUUAAGUUCUGUGUUACGAGCCUCAGGUUUUUUUUCAAAGAUGCAAGUCUUAAGAAAUGAGAAAUGACGUGAAACUGAAAUUGAGAAUAUAUGACGAUAAUAAACAUGUUUCAAAAUCUGGGAACCGAAGUGCCACUCAUCUAAACUGAAUAUAUCCUGCAUUUAUGACUUGACAAGUGCAGUACAUGAUGAGAAUCACUUUUUACCUUGAUGCAAUAAAUGAAUUCGUUAUUGCAAUAGCUCAGGUAUGGUCACCUCUUGCCAAAUAUUUUGUGACAAUAUCUAAAAGAAAAUGUACCAAUAUUUCAAAAUUUCGAGGGCAAUCUUUGGUGCAAUAUUCCUAUUUGGUAUUCCUGAUAUCUGAAACUUAUGAUAGACCUACCUCGUUAUUUUUGUUGAGUAGUGUGGUGGUUUGGUGAUAGUGUUUGUCAUUAAUCUCAUCAGGAGCAAAUCAUUUUACGUUAUGUUUGAUCACACUAUUCUUUUUCUAUUGUAGGCAUAUUCAUUUAUAUGAAGAUUUAUUAUUUGUCAUUAUGUGUGUGGAAAUCGUGGUGUGAAAUUCAUAUUAUGAACAUGGUAAUUACAUCAAAAUCUUUAUUAUAAGAUGUAUAGUUUUUACCCAAGCUUAUUCGAAGUGCCUGGUUUGCAUAAUGCUGUAUUUACUCAGCCUGAGGAAACCUUAGGGUCUGCCUCACUGAGCAUGCAUACUCAAAUAUUUGCCUGACAUAGCAACACUGUAUGCAGUUGCCAGAGGAUCUUCUAUUGGUGCUUGGUACCUGCGUACACUACAAAAACUCUGGUGUUGAUUUAACACCAGCUCGGAAUCUAUGUAUGUCCACAUCAGAUAAGUGUCAAACAGCACCAGUUCCGUUUUGGUCUAACACCAGAAAGGUGUUUAUACAACACCAAUUAGUAUUAAAACAGCAUCUGUUUGAUUCCAAACUGGUGUCGUUUCAAUACUUCUCUGGUGCGGACAUGUAGGCUAUAGAUUCCGGGCUGGUGUUAAAUCAACACCAGAGUUUUUGCAGUGUAGAAUACACAAUUGCCCGUAUUGCUGAAGACCAGUUUAACUUCGACCAUGGUCUCACUCUCUGCUAAAAUUAUGCUAAUAAAGCUGAAAUUGCUAUU